GGAGUACAUAUGUGCUGUAAGUAAGCAAGAAAAGUAGUGGAAACUCACAUGUAAAGUACGGUUUACAGCUUUCUACCUAAUUAUGUCUACAGACUUCCAGUUCUUUACUCAGUCGUUUUAACCUUUUCAUAUAUAUUGAUUUUAUUCAUGAACUUAGUUGUAUGGAUUAGAUACUUCCCACUCCGUUUGUAGCAUUCUCCGAGAGAUUAAAGUACAUGUACUGGUUAUUGACUUUCUGGUGUUCAAGGACUGGCGAGUAAACAGCAAUGCUUGGAGACGCUCCUCCCACAAAAAGGUGGAACAACUGCCUAUACAAUAAUCGUGGUUUACCUGAUAAUUAUGUAGAUUCAGAUUUCUUGUCUGAAUUAAAAGAAAACCUGUUUCUACCCAGACUUCGAGCACGUAAUGUUAUAAUCGCUGCUGGCAGCAUUUAUCAACAACUCUGUUGUUUGUCUUUGUUUGUAAUUAUCUAUUUUUACCUACUGUUCGGAUGGAUUUCUCCACAGCAUCUCAAUAUUUACCUUUUCUUCUUAAUAACUACUGGGUAUGCCAUGUUUUGGUUAAUGAAGGAGGAAAAUGAAAGACAAUUUCAUAAAGUCAUACCUGAAAUCAAGUCGGGCGUGGUAUUUUUUACAUUUUGCUUUCUGCUUGCUCCUAUUCUGCAUUCUCUCUUAUCGAGCGUAAGCACGGACUCUAUAUACGCCAUGUGUACUUUUUUCCUUCUUGUGUAUUGGACAUGUUUUGAUUAUAAGACUCAUUGGAAAGGGCAUCCUCGAAAGCCUGGGUCAAAUACUAUUUCUCUGAGUUCUGCUUUGUUAGCUGCUCUCUGCUUGGCUAGUCGUCUACCUGGCCCUUAUCAUACUUUCGCAUUGCUUUCCACUGCCGUCACUUUAUUAGCGUUGUGGCCAGCAUUAACAAGAAGGUUUCGCGUAAGUACAGUUACCCUUGUUUCAAAUGAUUGCUACUGUCGUAAUGCCGCUUUAGAACUGUUUGUGUUGUGUAUUUUUCAAUGUUUUUCAUUUAAACGUAAAUGUUGGUAGGUCAAGCAAAUGAACGUCAACUCGGAUGCAGGUACAUCCAGCUGACGAGCUCCAAGUGGGAAGAAACAUGCGUCCUGGAUUACACUGCUGGCUAAUAUUCAACUUUGCUGAUAAUUUUAUUCUGUUUUUUGGGAUUUUGCAUCAAUAAUCCUUAUAGUCUGAAAUAUCUUGUGUGUUUACACUUGUGUAAAAAAAUAAAACUAAUAACCGAUUUGGUGGGCUAAUGAUGUCUUAUUUGACCAUCCUUACAGUCACCACUACCCAAUUUUUCUACUUCCCUUGUUCGGCUUGCAGAAUGUCAUACUAACUUAAAAUUUGUUCACUGCAGACGGUACCAAACGACUGAACGAUUUGUCUGUAAUUUUAUUAAUAAAUUAAAUAAUUUUUAUCCAGUAGAUCCGUUACACGAUUAGUCUUUCAAAGAGACGUUUUAAUUAGAUGGAUAGUAUACGCCUAAUUAUUUUUGCCCUUAAACGCUGCGUUUCGUAUUCAUAGAAUAGGGCACAGCUAGUUACUAGACAAUAUAAUUUUCCUUUUAUUGGUGAGAGAAUAUCUGGCCGGUAGUACGACUAGGGUAUGUCAGUGAUUACCAAAGUUUUCUGUACGUAGAUUUCGCGCACAAUAAGUCUGCUAUGAUUGGUUCAUAACUUCGUCCACCUCACUCUCCACUCUAAAACUGGAUUCAGCGGGAAGUGGUGGAUAAUGUAAGUAUGGCAUACCUAGCAUUGUCACAUCUUACCCCAGUGUUCGGAAAGCCACAUUUUUUCAUGAUAGCCUUGUAGAAUUAUGUUGUCUGUACGCCCCAAUGAUUUUUCUAGAAAGAUCUACGCAACUGUAUGAUCAUGACUGAAGCGUUUUUAGUAGCAAGGUACGCAUCCUUAGGAUUCCUACUUGACACAGUGAAUCUCAAUUUUCAAACAAAAGUUUACAGCUGACGCUUGGGAUCGGCAAGUGGUAUGGUUUUGUUAUAUACUCUGUCAAACAUCAAGAAUAAUUUCGACACAUCUCAGUGUAGGGACACAACUUUCAGUGUUUCCAAAAUCCAGUAACUAAUCACCAGAUCACGAUGACUUAAAAACAUCUCGUUUAGUGAAUCUAAAUGGGACUGUAGUUUUAGUUUAACUUGCUCAAUGAAGUGAGUUUAGUAAGGUUUUGUACAAAUAUUAAUACGUGUAGUACAAUAGGCAGUGCUGUAUAACCAAACCAGAAUAGUAAAGCUCUUAAACAUUGUCUCGCGUUACACGAUAUUCCGCAUUUUAUGCGGAGCAAUAAAUUGCGUACAUCGUUUAAGUAUUAAAAAAUCUGUACAAAUUCGUUCACAGUGUAGUAGAAUAAGUUCCUUAGCGCUGACAUGUAAGAAGACUAUGCAUCCUAGAUUGAGAAAGCCACUUAAUUGUUGUGCUUCAAUAAUUCUGCUCAAUAACAGGUACGACGUGGUAGACGAAGAAUUACUUAUACUGUGAAUAUCAAAAUAAAAAUGAUCGAGGUAGCUGACUAACAUUGUUAAAUUUUUAUAUACUCAAUUCAAUAUUAGGCAAAUAAAUUUCGUGAUGACUUCGCAAAAGACAACUUCAUUCAUUAUACGGAAAAAAACAGUAUAUAGGGCAAUUAACCACAUACAUUUAUUUUAUAAUUCAUAUAACACCAACCUGAUAUAUAGUUUCUUAUUCACUGAAGCUAAUUAGUCCACAAAAUAUAUGAUGACACAAAAUGACGUUCUCUAAAAUGCUUUUAUAUUGUUACUGACUUUUAUUCACAUUUCAGAAUAACGGAGGUGAUCGAGCACAA